CUUAAAUUUGAGCUGUUUAAAAUGUCGUUGUUCUCGAAUCAUACCUUGAGUCUUACCUCUCUGACCAUCAGGGAGUGCUUAGGCUGCGAUAAUGUCACCGUGACUUUCUCCAAGUCCGACAACGUGCACGUCCUCAUCUACAACGCGUUUUAUGCUCCGCCAAAGGACCAGCCAGCUGUGACUCCGGUGGCCCAGGCCAUUCUCCUGUUGACCUCUCACAUCUAUGCCGACGCACACUUGGAGAAUGCGCCUUUCCUUAAAACUGGAAAUGGCUGGAUCGUCUUGUGCUUCGAGAUGAUCCCCGAGGGGAGUGCAAAUGGUGGCGAGGCUGCCGCUGAGGAGGACGAGGAAAGCGAUCUGGAAAUGGAUCCAUGCACCUCGCAGCAGGCACUGGAGCGAAUGAGACAGCGGGAAGAACGGAAAGAGCGCCGACAGAGGGAGGCUGCCAGAAAGGCGCAUCAAUCGAACAGUAUCCAGAUUUACGCAAAGAGGCGCUUUGAUGAGCUAGCCUACUUGGACAAGGUUUUUGUGGAGAUCGAUGAGGGCGAGCUGGAGAUGAUGACAGUCAAAGACUUUAUAGACCAGUUCUUUGUGAAUCCCAACCACUCGCAAACUUUUCUAGGGAAAGCCCACGAGAAGUACGGUGGCAACUGGCUAAAUGUCAUACGCAGCGAUCGGAACGACACCAGUCACUUCACUGACUCGGACAGCCCCUUUUUAAACUUUGUUAAGCUCUUUGAUCGCUCCGCUGUGAAGCCUCACGACCUGACCUGCCAAGUGGGUAAACUCUACCUCGAGGUCAACGAGAAAGUGUGGGUCCAGGAGCGCAGAUUCGUGCUCAACCUUUUCAACCAGGUCCGCCGCAUCUUUGAGUUUAUAACGAACAGCCAGCACACCGUUUGGUUUGUGUUGCCUGACCGCCAAAUGAAGGAUACAAGGAUGCCGAUGACUUUGGAUGAUCUGGACUUUUCAGAGGUGCGCUACUCCAUCCGGGCCACGUCAGACAACACGGAUGUUUCCUGCACCGACUCAAAUCAUAGUCUUAAGGAUAUCUUGAUGGUGUCGUUCCAAUUGGCGUUCGCCUCCAAUGUGCGCCAGUCUGUGGUGGUACUAAGUCAUAUGGAAAUUCUGUCUGAGUACAUGACCAUGCAGUACAUCUCGGCCCAGUACAUGAACGAUCUCUUCAUGGAGCCCAAUGAACCUCAAUGGAUAUGCCACAGCUACUUGCAGCGCAUUGUAAACAUGGCCCAGUUUCUAAAUGCCAUAGUCCUGAUCGAGUUUCCCAGCGCAUUUACCCUUCUCAGCGGAGGUCGCCAGCUCCUCAAGUGCUACCAGCGGCAGGUUGCUGAGGAGUGUGUCUGGGACCUGUUCGAAGACAUCUCCAAGGAGGACAACUUCUCCGUAAACAACAUGAAAAAGCACGUCGACUUACAGAACCAUACCGAGUAGCUCUAAAGUCAAUAUCUCAGACCUCCCUCACCCUAUCCCUACAUCCCUCCACACGCAAAUAGGUCCAUUCUUAUUUUCUAAUUUUGCCAAAUGCACUCCGGCAGAAACCCAUUCCUUAGCCGUAUUUCAAUUAGGGUUUUGCCGGCUGUCAGUUUGAAUGCUAGUUGAGUUGGGUGCUGUCCCUGGUGCCCUUCCUUCCCCAUACCCGGUUGCAACUGAAACAACAAUGGCUGUCAGACAGAAGAGGCACGCGUCAUUUGCCGGCGAAAAUGCAUUUUGCGCAAAACCGAGAGCAUUUUUAGCGAAAAUCAACCGACAACGACCCAGUUGGGGGGGCCGUGUGCCCGCAAGAUGCAUCCUGAUGGAAUGCCGACUGACUGGCUAGCUGACGGACUUGAAUGAUUGGCGGCGGUUACUGAGGCCAUUCUCCGGGCGCAGCUGAGCGCAAUUCAUCCGAACCCGAGGUCAUAGAUAUAUGUUUGAAUUUUCCAUUUAAUUUUUCACAGUUAGUUAUCCAUGGAGUCAUUUAAUUUCUGA